GGGAGAGCUGCAGUGAACAUAAUACACUUACUGCAAUAAAACCUGCUCACUAUGGUCGAACAAAGAUUUCCCGUCAAUAUUCAGCUUGUUGGAGUAAUGCACAAAGAGGCAGCCAAAUUGUACAUGACCACUGUUCUCUGGUCGGAUCAAAAUGAGAUCACCGUGUACAGGUCCCUGGAAGACUUCAAAACCCUGCAUAGACAACUCAAGAAGAAAUUCCCUCUUUCAAACCACAUUAGAAUGUCAGGAAGGAUUGUUCCCAAGUUUAAAGCUACAAGAGUGAGAAGAAACAUGCAGAAGUGGAGCCCCAGUAAAUCAGUGCUCAGACUGAAGGCUCUGGAGGAAUACUGCAAUGAGCUGCUGCAGAGUGGUCCUCGAAUCUCCCAGAGCUCAGAACUCAUCCAGUUCCUGCUACCCAAACCCCAGGAGCUCAAUGCUGACUUUGCAAAAAACAGUAUCGUGACCAUGCCUUCGGAGACUUCUCUGGGCAGCAGUGGAGUUGGAACUUCUGACAACGGUGUUACUCAACCUUUUGUUUCUGAAACAUACUGCUGUGUCGCUACUUAUGAGACCAAAGACACCAAGAAUCGCCCCUUCAAGGUUGAAAUGGAUGAGAUCGUGGAUGUGCUCUUUAAGGACAAAGGAGGGUGGUGGCUAGUGGAGAAUGAAGCCAGACGUAUUGCCUGGUUUCCUGCUCCAUAUCUAAAGAGAGCUGAGCUGGAUGAUGACAGCACUGAUGUGAUGGAUAGUGGAAGUGUUCUCUACAUUGCUGCCAAAAGUUACAAAGCCAUGAAUAGUGAUGAGAUAUCCAUCGAGAUUGGGUCUGUGGUGGAGGUGCUACAGAAGUCUGACAAUGGCUGGUGGAUAAUCAGAUACAAUCAAAAAGCUGGCUACGUACCAUCUAUGUACCUGCAACCAAACAACAACCCAUGGGUUCGCAUAACGGCCGCUCAGAGGGAGAUCCUUAGCUCCACUCUUGACAUGGCGCAGCUUUGGGUUCCUGGAAACAACUUCAGGCAGUUCUCCAAUAGUGAACUCAGCAAAUCCCAGGGCAACUUGAUCGGCCUGGGCCCUAGAGAUAAGCAGAUGUCACGUUCAAUGGGAACACUCUUGGAUGCUCGUCCAACACACCAGACCCCACCAUCCAUCCAUUUGGAGUUUACCCAAAACGGUCAGCAAAGAAGCUGGAGUGAUAGCGUUGAGGAUUUUAGCUUCAGUGAUGAUGGCAGCUCCUCCAGAAGUGAUUCGCUUAAUUGCUUGGACACAGAGCAGCGUUUUCACCGGAGUAGUACCCCUACACCUAACUCUUCUGGAAGCCUGACCCCUGAUAGUGCCACCGAAGGAAAAAUUAUAUCCAGCAGUUCAGACCCCAAUCUCAACAAGAUGCCCAGCACCCCAAAAGUGCCACCCAGACCUCAAGCUCAGGAAAUACUCAAACGCUGCACUACUGUCACUCGCAAAAACUUGCAAAGAACCAGUUAGGUCACCUCAGUGUCACAGAAAAUAUCUAGACUGAUCUGAAUUUUGAUCUCCUUGGCAAGAAAGCAGAUCUAUUAGCUAUUGCGAAGGGUUUCAGGUUGAAUGUUACAGGAGAACGUUCCAGACUUGCAGUCCAGGUCUAGACCAGCAUAAAAUAACAAAAAAUAAAGUGUUACUUAUUUUUAAAAUGUUAAUGUGAUUAUUUGAAGAAUACAAAAAGUUGGGAUGCAACAAAAAAUUCACUUUUGUUCCACUAUCACUUAAUGUUAACACUUUAAGCUUUAUAUGAUAUUAUAUUAUAUAAAGCUACUCUUUGUUACAAUUUAUGUGUUUCUAGUAAAUUCAUUUCUAGAGGUAUUACUGUCUGGAUUUUCUGUAGAAAAAUUAAUGUUAGACUAUACAUAGCUUAAUAGAAAAUUAUUAUUUUUUAAAUUAUUUUUCCUACCAUCCCAUGAAAAUGUUUAUCUCAGAUUUGUGUAUUUUUUUCUCCUUUGAAACUUUUUCCACACUGGAAAAUAUCUAUUGUGCCUUAUAUGCAUUGUAUACCUUUGAACAUACUUAAACUCCUCAGAGUCUACCUUGUUGUACAGCUUCCUCAAGUUCUGUAAUGUGUGUGUAAAACAUGAAUUAAAUAAAAUGGUUGUCCUAAA